AUGGGUUGUUGUUUUUCCAGACCCCGCACUGAAUACUCUGCCGGAGCUGGUGCAUCCUCUUCUCAAGCAAUCGCAUCGUCCUCGCGACCUCAAUCUCGAUCAGGUCUAGCUAGGCCAUCGACAAAUGCCUCCUCUAAUAGCAAUCCUCCUCCCCGAACCCACCACCGUAUUCCCCUUGAUGAACAUUUAAACAAACCUCUUAAGCCCCACGUAUGGAUGAGUGGAAGUAAGUUAUGGACACGACGAGAAAUAGAUCGAGCACGAAUAGAAUUCUUCGACACUCGCGUUACGGGGAGACCUGAAAUAUGGCAAGCUAUAAGAGCUUCAUUGGAAGUAAUGUGGAAAGGUGGAGAGCCUGGUGAGGAUGAUGGGGGUCUAGCAACUGCGCAAAUGAUAUUGAAUGCGGCAGAAAUCACGCUACCAGAUGGAGAUAUGGCAAUCAGGGGAUGUUAUGACAGUACAGGUGCAUUAUAUCGUGUACCAGAACAUGUUGUUUCUGAUCCAGCGAAUAUCUUGGACGAUACUACGGCAGAUGCAACAGGGAAGAGCGAUGAUGAAGGAGACCUGGCGGAGGAAAGUGAGGAAGUCGAUGAGGAAAUAUUAAGGAGGAGAGAAACGAAAGGGAAAGCCAAGGCGAAAGAGAUGAUAUCAGUGAAAGCGAGGUUCCAACACGGUAUCAAUGGAGAUAUAGUGUUCAAAAUUGGAAAGAACGAUUCGGUGCGCUCACUUAUCAAAAUAAUAACGCAGAGGCUUGAGAUUUCUCCACCCAAGCAUGUGAAAAUCAAUUAUAUGGGCAAACUCCUCAAAGAAAGCGCCUCAUUAUCAGCACAAGGGUGGCAGGAAGGUCACAUUGUUAAUGCUUGGGUACUUGAGUCAGACAAAACAACGUCAAAUUGA